UAUUUUAUUUAAUAUUUUAUGAGUGCAGUGAUUCGUUCGGGGAGUGCAUCCAAUCAAGCACAGAUCAACGCGUCGGCCCACCCGAGCCUUAGCUCCGGUCCGAACCAAACCUCCACUCUCGUAGUUCGUUGAAAAUUUCGCACACUUAUCUUUCUCACACACACACACACACAGCACAAUUCAUCACCAGUUUUCCCUCUAUAACUCCCCGCUUCUCGCCUCGCCCAUUCAAAACCCUAGAAUAGAAAAUCCACCUGUAUUUGAAGAUCGAUAUUCAUCUCCAUUCUUCUGCAAUUACACAAGCCCUAAUUUUGCGAGGCUGUCUCAUGUUGAGAAGUUGCAGGAUUGAUAAUUUAUUGACGAGAAUUGGAUCUGAAUUCAAUUUAUCUUGUAUUUUAAAGGGUGGGAGUAUUUCAUAGAUCCCAAGGAAAAAAGGAAUUGCAAGAUUUAAGGUGUUAAUUCUUUAUUUAUAUAUUGAAACAUACCAACUGUCAACAGCUGAAAUUCUGGCUUUCAACCGUCAUCUAUGCCUGGCAACGAAAAUGGAGAUAGGGUCCACAAUUUCUUUGCGCAAGAAAAUUCAUCUCAGGGGCAGCAACAAUCACAUAUAGGGAAUUGGCCUGUGCAAAACAACAAUUUUUGGGUUGGCAGCCAGAGGCAAAGUGAUAUAGUAACAUCUAGUAGUAAAAAUUACUCUUCACAAAACUCAGAUAGGUUACAGGCCAGCUAUCCUGUUAAUGCGGCACAUAGCUUGAACUUUUCUCAAUCAAAUCCGAGACCUGAUUUUUCGAAAAAUCAGUCCCUAAAUGAACAGCAACCAUCGAAUGGAUUUAUGUAUGGAAAUCAGUUUUACCAAACUAGGCAGAAUGAACCAAACUUUCUGGCGAUGGAUACAGAUUCAGAUCAGCGUCAUCUCCAUCAGCAGAGUGGCCAGGAACAAGCCAAAAGUUCAGGUAGAUCUGAAACAUCUGGUGCUCCUGUAAGUUUUGAUCUAUUUGGUGGUCAGCAGCAGAUGAGUCACCAGCAAGCAAACAUGCUGCAGGCGUUACAGCGUCAGCAAUCAGGCUUCAAUGACAUGCAGCAACUUCAACAGCAACUCAUGAUCAGGAAAAUGCAAGAGCUUCAGAGUCAGCAGCAAAAUUGGCAGCUUGACUUAAUGCCUCAAAAUAUGGUUAGCCAGGUUCCUCCAUAUACCGAAGAGGCAUCUGGCAGCCUGUCAUCCACUCGGGUUAACGGCUCUCCAAAUUCUGAUACUUUACAGCAUCCUUGGGCAGCUGAGCCUGGUAAAAACUGGCUGACUCGUGGUUCUUCAGGCAUGCAAAGGUCUUCCAGUGGACUUGGUUUUUCACCAAACCCAGGCCAGACACAACAUUUACCUGAUGUGGUGCCUCAACAGGUUGAUCAAUCUCUUUAUGGAGUUCCUGUUUCCGGGUCAAGGGGUUUGGCUGCCAAUCAAUAUUCUCAGAUGGUGACAGAUAGAUCUUCAAUUCCACAAUUGGCAACCUCUGGCAGUUCUCACGGUAGCCGACGUAAUUUUUUGCCUGAUCAAAUUGGACAUAAUUUUUUGCCUGAUCAAAUUGGUGGACAGGAGGAGACUUUCAUUUCUAGACAGAAAUUUCAGAAUGCACAAUUUGAACAUGCUUCUAGUCAAUCCCUGAAUACUAGGACAAUGGAUAUUGGAAUGCAAGUGAAUUCCAUGCAAAGAAAUGCAUCACAGCAGGACCUUUCAAGGAGACAGGAGCUAGCUGCUCAAACCGAGACCUCGCAUGAAAUUCAUCCAAGGCAAGUGUCUGAAUCUUGGAAUGAAGUUGCACUAGAUCCUUCGGAAGAAAAGAUUUUGUAUGGUUCAGAUGAUAAUAUAUGGGCUGCUUUUGGCAAGAGCCCCAAUAUGGGUGGUGAAGCUGGUAAUUUAUUCGAUGAUGGUGGAUCUUCCAAUGGGUUUCCUUCCAUUCAAAGUGGUAGUUGGAGUGCUCUUAUGCAGUCUGCAGUUGCCGAAACUUCUAGCAGUGAUAUAAGGGCACAGGAUGAGUGGAGUGGUUUGAAUAAUCACAAUCCUGACAGUUCUUCUGCAAUUCAGCCCCAUUCAACGCACAAUAAAAUUGUUAAACAAGCAUUUAUUUCUAGUGACAGUACGCGAAUUCCUUCAGCAUUGAGUUCUGGAUCCAACCCUCCUUCCGAUAAUUUAAAUAUGGGAUUGAACCAACUUGGACAUAAGUUUCAAAAUGGACCUUACCAAAGAGUGCCAACUGAUACUUUUCGAAGAUUGGGGCAACCUUUGGAGGAAGCUAGAGAGUGGUCGAAUCGUACUUCAUUACAAAGAUCAGUUGCUGACGGGAGUCAAAUAUAUGGAAAUGCCUCGCAACAUUCUCUCAGUGCUGAGAGAAAUGCUAAGAUACUUUCUGGUACUUUGGCCCCGAGACAGAGUGGGACUAGACAACCACCUAAUGGUUGGAAUGCUCUGGCAGCUGUAUCACAUGGUGGAGAUAGAUUGUUGAAUAUUGACGAGGCUGAGAAGUUGUCACAAAAUUCUCAAAAUCAUCAGGUGAGGGUAAUGCAAGGGGAAGUGCAUGAAAAUUCUUUAUGGAAGUCCAAUUCUGUAACUGGUUCUGCUAUUCAAUUUGGCUCUGUACAACCUACUUUAGGAAAUUCCCAAGAAAAUAUAGGUGCUUUGAGUUUGAAUGAUGCUACUGCUUCAGUAGCAAAUUCACGCAACAUGGGAUUCGCUGAUGGAACCGGUGCAUUUGUUCAGAGCAAAGACUUACUGAGUCAGUGGAAAAAUGGCUAUCCUUCAGCCAAUGUCCAAGGCGGUGAAGGCCUGGGGAGAAUGCUGAACCAGGUUAAUGAAUACAAUCAGGAUUUGAACUUGUUGAAUAGCAGCAAUAAAGAUGAAGCUACUAGACAUGAUAUGCAAAGUUGUGCUAUGAAGGAAAAUUCUAGUGACAGCCAUCACUCAAACUUAUCUCAGCAUCCUUCUGGUGGCCUUGGAGAAAGUGGAUUGUUGGAUGUGAGUGAUGCAAGAUCUCUGCCCCCUGGGAAACAAAAGUCAAUUAAUCAGCUGGCUAGUAAUUUUUCUGUCCAUCGUAAGUUUCAGCAUCAUCCCAUGGGGACCUUGGAUGAGGAUGCGGGACCUACCUAUGGACUGAAGCAGCCUACCCAGGGUAGGCUCCCAAAAGACAAUAAAGGUCCUGAACAAGAGCCUUUGCAUGGCAGCUUUCUCGGUUAUGCACCUAAUAUGUCUGUUUCUUCUAGUCGACCCUCCGAUUCAAGCAUAAAUAAGGCUUCUUCACCCAGUCAAAACAUGUUGGAGCUUCUUCACAAGGUGGAUCAAUCAAAAGACCAGGGUGCCUUGACGCACUUAAGUUCUGGAUCAUCUAAGCAGCUUAGUCAAUCUUCUGUUUCUCAAGGUUUUGGAUUGCAACUCGGUCCACCAUCUGGGCGAUUGCAGAUCCCUGGCCUUCCAUUAGCUUCUCAGAAUGCUCAAGGCAAUAUCAAUUCAAUACAUCCUAGUCAUGCCGGUGCUGACCUGGGAGAGAAAGGUCUGCUGAUGGUCCCAACAUCUUCAGUGCAACCUUUGCCAUACCCUAAUGAAGAUUCUCAGAUUCAAUUUGAAGAUGAUAGAUCUGCAGGUGCAGAACAUCCUGGGAACGAGAAUCCUCUGUAUAAGGCUACUAGAAAUUAUUAUCCAGCAUUCAGCUCUGAAACUCCUUCCGCAGGAAGUCAGCUUCAAAAUAAACUAAUGAAGGCAAGUGGAAAAGUGGCAAUGAAUCAGCACUUGGACUCCUCUUUCAGCUAUAAUACUUCACCUACGGUGCAAAGGGGAUCUGCAGAGACCUCCUCACCUGAUGCUUCUCGCAAUAUUCAAAAAGAAAAUCUUGCUCCAUUUGGGGGAACGAUUCAACAAACAGGCUCUUGUGAUGUACAAGAAAGAGGUCCUGCUGAAGCUGGAUUAACCAGGAAUCAAAUGCGCAGUCCUCAGCAUUUUGGCAUGUCUGGCAUUUCUCGAGAGGGAGCUCCCAGCCAAGUUUUGCAUAACAUGUGGACCAAUGUUCCUGCAUCUCGACACACUUUGCCGACUCACUACUCUAAUGUUCCGUCACAAUUUUCAAGACCACCUCAGCCAAAGAAUUCGGAAUCACAUUCUCAAGGUAAUCUAGAUUUUAGUAAAGGGGGUCACCUUUCAUCCGAAUCAAAUGCAGUUCAGGCAAACUCUUCAGGUCUUUUCGGGGAAGAGCCUAGGUUGAAGGAAACUUCUGGACAGGUUGCAUCAUUUGCGAAGAUUGACUCAGCUACGGAAAUGGAAGAAUCUCUGGGAAAAACAAAUGAUUAUCCUGCUAAUUCUGCUUCAAAACAUAAGGAUACUGGAGUUUUUGGGCAAUCUUUGAAACCUAAUAUCUUCUCUAAUGAAAACAAUGCCUUACUAAACCAAAUGAGGGCCUCGAAGGACGCAGAGACUGAUCCAAGCGUUAGAGUUUCAAAGAGAAUAAGAGGACCAGAUAGCAUUCUUAAUGUUAGUCAAGCACAUUUGACGGCAGGGCCACAAAAUGAAGAUAACGUUGUAGAUUCACUGGAUUCAAGUACUGGAGUUCCUUCUAAAGAUUCAAGGAUGCUGAGCGUCUCCACACCUACUGAUAUCUUGCAGAGAAAUAUUUCUCCACAUGAAAAUUUUGCCUCACAGGAUAUCGUGGUGGCUAAUGUGGAUGCUUCUUGGAACAAAUCUUCUACUGAUUGUUCUACUUCUGUUGGAGUCGAGCAUAAUCAGGUUGUCCAUCAGAUAGCACCAUCCAAAUUCAAUCACUAUGGAUCUUUUAAAGAUGGGAGAAUGAUGCAUGUGCAUAAUGCACAAACGUUCACCUCAUUGAGACCAGAAGAACUACCAUUUACCCUUGUAAAACCUUCUAGUCAUUUGGUCUCUCCUAAUUUAGAGGAGAAAAGUACUGCUAUUCCAAUUGAUACAUGUCGAGUUGGUAGUACCGUUAUAAAUUCUGCUCCCACAUCAGAAGCAAACAAGCAUUUAUCUUCCGAGUCAUUGCAGCUGAAUGUCACUGGUCAGCAUCAGGUGAUUUUGGGACCCAAGAAGCGUAAGAGUGCUACUUAUGAACUUCACUCUUGGCACAAAGAAAUAUCAGAUGGAUCACAAAAACUAUCUUUUCUUAGCGUGGCAGAAAUAGAUUGGAAUAAGGUGGCAAAUAGUCUUACCGAAAAGAUUGAAAAUAGUGCUGAUUUAACUGAAGAUGAACCUCCAGUCGUUAGAUCAAAGAGAAGACUUGGGUUGACAACACAGCUUAUGCAGCAACUAUUUUACCCUCCACCUGCAAAUAUUCUCUCCGCUGAUGCAACUUCUGAAUACGAGUGUGUGACUUAUGCUGUAUCUAGGGUAGCACUGGGAGAUGCAUGUAGGGAUGUUUGUCACUCAAGUGAUUUGGGUUUAUCCAAUGGCGGCCUAGACAUGCAUUCCAUUAAGGACAAACUAAACGGUGAUCCAAGUUUCGCAAAAGUUAUUGAAGAGUUGUUAGGAAAAGCAAAGAAGCUAGAAACUGAUAUCCUGAGACUGGACAAGAGUGCAUCAGCAUUGGAUUUAAGAUUGGAAUGCCAAGAUUUGGAGAAGUUUUCUGUCAUCAAUCGACUUUUUAAGUUACACAGUCGGGGGCAAACUGAUAAUGCGGAGACAGCAUCGACUCAAGCAACGGUAACUACUCAGAAAUCUCACGUGCAAAGAUAUGUAAUUGCUGUGGCCCCGCCUAGAAGUUUCCCUGAAUCGGUACAAUGUAUCUCUCUAUAAUUAUCGAUUGGUAUAUUUUUUUUUGUUCUUGUGAUCAAUUAUUGUCGGUAGUUAUUUAUCUGGCACUUGCGCCAAGAUCAGUAGUAGAACCACAUGAGAUCAAUCACAGAAGGAUGGACAUGAUGUUGUCUCCUCAAAUGUGAUUGAGGCUUUUUUAAUCUUUCCGAUUAGGCCAUUGAUGUCAUUUAUUGAGAAAUAUAGGGUUUCAAUUCAUGUACAUGUUCAACAUCUCUCUUUGAAAUGAAAGGAAUUUGCUGUUCCCCAUCAAUUUUAUAAAAGAUGGGAUAUUUUAGU